AUGGCCGCGGCUGCCCAGCAGAGUCAGGUCACGCUCUUGGAGAAUCUGCCGCCCGAAAUUCUUCGGGGGAUUGUUGAAAUCUGUGCCGAUGAUGUUUCUGUCGGCCGGGCAACACUGCUCAGCCUUUCUGUCAUGAAUAAGUACCUCAGAAACGUGACGGCAUCCAGACUGCUUCAGCGAAUCCGCUUCCGCGAUGGUCCAGAGUCUCCAGGUGACGAGAUUCUUCACUCAAUCAGGCGAUUCAUGGCGGCUCCUGAGGUGUGGUGUCACGCUCGAUCCAUCAGCCUGUAUCUGAAUCGCCUCAAAUAUCUAUCGGUAGGCGAUGACAGGCUUGCAGAGCCAUAUCAUUACCUCAUCCUUCCUGAGCUCUUUGAAGCUCUCGCCAAAAUGCAAGAGGUUACGGAGCUGUACAUGCACAUGGAUGCGGCAGAUGAGGCAGUCUGCACCUUGAUGCCGGGAGACUUCCAUCAUCCAUAUGUUGUGCCAAACAUGACGCAGUUGAGGAUAUACCAGACAUGUUCAGACCCACGCCAGGCCUUCAAGCCAAAUGACUGGUGGCAUUCAGAGAUUUCGAGCUUGGAUCUCCCAGACAGGACGCCAGAACUCGAAUAUCUUUCUCUCAAGUAUGUCGACGUCACCGAUGGGCAGGCGAUGAAAGAGUGCCAGAAAGUCCCGGAGAAUUCACGCGAAAGAUUGAACACGCUGCGUAAAAGGCUACCUGUGCUGCCCAGCGAGCGCCUCAAGUACAUCAAGGACCUCUCGCGCAACCAUCCGUUAAACGAAGAUCGCUCCAAGCUGGCGAGGAAGACAUUCGACCGGUGUGCACAGCUGCGGCGGAUUUGUUUUGUUCGGUCCUCAGUGGGAGAAGUUUACGUGCGGGGCUACCCUGGCGCAGUUGCAGACUCCACGGGGUACAUUUCACACGAGAUCCACGACGCCGAUAUGGAUGACAUACCGAAGGCAUGGCACCAUGGUGUUCCCCAGACGGGUGUGUUGCCUUUCCCUGGAUUUACUCCUUGGGAGGGCGUCGACGCAGCGCCGGGAGCAGAGUAG